CAAAGAGCUCUCGGUGAAUUGUAAACACACGUGAGGCGUUCAGAAACGAGCCAAGAUGGACAACACGAAGCUCGUGUCAGCCUUCGCCGUUCACUCGAAGCGUCGCAAAAGCGUUGACACAGUCCCUCCACCAACGAAAGUGAAGCGCACACGUUCGUCAGCGAGUGAAUCCCACAAGUCUCCGGCCUCUAAGACCCCAUCGAAGCUGAGUCUCUCCGCUCACGUGGCCAUUGAGGACAUAGGAGAGCUCCUGAAGUCGACCCCGAAGAAGGUGGCCAACGGCGUCGAGAGCGCCGCACACGAGGAUGAGGUGCCAACCCCGAGGAAGAGUGGAAAGAAAAAGAAGAAGACGAAAUCGGAGUCUUCAGCUGCUGCAGAUGAAUCUGUGGGCGAUGAUGAGGCCGAGGCCGUUGCUCCGGUCGCUGAAGACGUGUCGAUUGGAUUACCUCAGGUGAAAGUCACACCAAAAGCUGCGGCCAAGGGGAAGAAGGAGGGGAAGGGUGGCCAGAGGGAUAAACAAAGUGGGAAGAGUCAGAAACAGGGGAUUCCCAAGUUUGUUCCUGAUGGGGCUGAUACUCCUCAGCAGGAGGAGAUUCGAAAUAACAUCAAUCCGCCUGAGGAGGCCGCUACACUUUUUAGUUGGGUCAUCCAUCCACUGGAUGCUGAUGAAUUCUUCAGGAACAAUUGGGAGAAAGCUCCCCUCCACAUAAAGCGCAACCGGCCGAGCUACUACAAGCUCCUGAUGUCAACCCCCCAGAUCGACGAUAUCCUCCGUCGCUACCACAUCCUCUUCACGAAGAACCUGGACAUAACAGCCUACGUGAAUGGAAAACGGGAGACCCACAACCCAGAGGGCCGAGCCCUCCCCAGUGUGGUCUGGGACUACUACGCAAACGGUUGUUCAGUCCGAAUGUUGAAUCCCCAGACAUUCAUCCCGAAGCUCCACAACUUGAACGCCUGCCUCCAGGAGUUUUUCGAUUGUUUUGUUGGGGCAAAUGUCUACCUGACGCCGCCAGGCUCCCAGGGCUUCGCCCCUCACUACGACGACAUCGAGGCAUUCAUCCUCCAGAUCGAGGGUAAGAAACGUUGGAGAUUGUACAAGCCCAGGAGCCCCUCCGAGUUCCUCCCCAGGUACUCCUCCAAGAACUUCGAUCCCUCGGAGCUUGGCGAGCCAAUUCUGGAUGAGAUCCUCAGCGCUGGGGACCUCCUGUACUUUCCCAGGGGAACGAUCCACCAGGGGGAGACCCUCAGUGACUCCCACAGCCUCCAUGUCACUCUGAGUGUCUACCAGAAGAACUGCUGGGGCGAUUUUCUGGAGAAACUGGUGCCUGAGGCACUCAAAACAGCUAUCGCUGAGGAGUCAGAGUUCAGGGAGGGAAUGCCCCUGCAUUAUCUCAAGUCUGUGGGGUCUGCCUAUGCUGAUGAGGACAGUGACGCCAAGAGGAUGAUCCGUCAGAGGGCCAAGGAACUCCUCCACAAGAUGAUUGAGAGGAUCGAUGUGGACAAGGCUGCUGAUCAGAUGGCCAAGGGCCAUAUUCAUGAUUUUUUGCCACCAGUGCUGGCGCCUGUUGAGCUGCAGUGCUCGGUCUUCGAGGAUGGGGAGAGGAUGGGGGACGAUGGGGAGGUGCUCAACAGGGUGGAGAUCGAGCCGGACACCAGGGUCAGGCUCGCUAGGGAACAUGCUACGAAGCUCGUGCAGGAGGAGGAUGGCUGGAAGAUUUACUACUCGGCUGAUAAUACUAAGGAGUAUCAUGAGGUCGAGGUGCAGUUCCUCGAGGUCGGGGAGGAGCUCAUCAAGGGGGUUAAGCAGAUCAUUCAGGCGUAUCCGGACUUCGUCAGGGUCGAUGACUUGGAGAUCGAGGGAGAAGACAAUAGGGUUCAAGUUACUAGGGAUUUAUGGGAGCAAGGUAUACUCCUGACGGACGUACCUCUUCCAGUAAUAGAUUAACCCUGAAAGCUUCAUAAAAAAAAUUAGCGAGACGUGGUGAGUUCGAAGACUACCAAAAAUUAUUAGAAAAAAGUGAUUCACUGUUCUUCGCGAGACUAAUUCAUCUGUCCAUUCGAUGAAUUGGGCACAAACUACUAGACAUAAGGUCAGAGAAGAAGAGAAUAUAACUUAAAAAGCUUUCGUUGAAGCUUAUAUUGUAUUAAUUAACUUGAAAAAGAAUUUUCAUAAUGUGAUUAAAGAGUUUCGAUUCUCAGGAAAAUCCAAUUGGACCAAUUAAAUAAUUAUAAUGCAGAUAAAACCUUCAUUUUAUUUUUUCCACAAUCAUAUGCUAUUUUUUUUAUUGUUUCUUCAUUCACACGAGUCGUCAUCAAUUAUAAAUCAACAGUCGAAAAAUAUUUGGAUCUUAGAUUUCGAGUUUCAAGUCUUAAUCGAGCAAUUCUCUUAGUAACAAAAGAAAACAAAAUUAAGAGAAUUUAAUUCUGAACAAUUAGAAUUUUCCGAGUAGUUCUAUGACGAAUGAUUAAAAAUCCUUAGUAAGAGAAAUUCGUCUGUCCACUCGAUUUUGGGCAGAAAUUACUGGACAUAAGUUCAGAGAAGAAAAGAAUAUAACUUAAAAAGCUUUCGUCGAAGCUGAUAUUGUAAUAAUUAACUUGAAAAAGAAUUUUCAUAAUGUUAUUAAAGAAUCAAUCUAUAAUUAGACUCUUUUGAUUCUCAGGAAAAUUCAAUUGGACUAAUUAAAUAAUCAUAAUGCAGACAAAACCUUCAUUUCACUUAUUUUUACAAUCGUGUAUUAUUUUUUUCAUUCUUUCUUUAUUCACACGAGUCAUCAUUAAUUAUAAAUCAACAGUAGAAAAAUAUUUGCGUCUUAAAUUUCGAGUUUCAAGUCUUUCUGGGCUUUCUCAGUAUCAACUCCGGUUUUCUGUCUAGCUAGGACGUAUUCAAUGUACCCCAGGUAUCCAUCCUUGUCGAGAUCAUCUUCCUCCAGGACCCGAUCUAUCAAUUCUACGCCGAAAGACAAAAGAAAAAAUUACGAUCAAUUUAGCUCUGAGAAUUGCCAGUUGAAUUGUUUUGUCAAUCUAAAUGCUUAGUAAUAAUUACUGUUUUCAUUUUUGUAUUAAAAUAUUUUUCGUUAUCCACAAUUAUAACUCUUUUUACAAACCUA